AUGCCACUUAACAACAUUUUGGAAGUGGAAAUAUUUGAUGUCUGGGGGGUUGAUUUUCUGGGUCCAUUUCCACCAUCUUACAACAAUCGGUACAUCCUGGUUGCGGUGGAUUAUGUUUCAAAAUGGGUAGAAGUUAAAGUAUUACCUACAAAUGACGCAAGGGUGGUGGUGGACUUCAUAAAGAAACACAUAUUUAACCGAUAUGGAUCACCUAGGGCCAUUAUAAGUGAUGGUGGAACGCACUUCCGCAAUCGACAAUUGAAAAGAGUUUUGGAGGUCACUGUGAAUGCAUAUCAUAAGGAUUGGUCAAAAAAAUUGGACGAUGCUUUAUGGGCAGAUCGCAUAGCUUACAAGACACCUAUAGGAAUGUCCCCAUACCGACUAGUCUUUGGGAAAGCAUGCCUCCUACCAGUGGAAUUUGAGCACAGAGCUUAUUGGGCAUUGAAGCAGUUAAACAUGGACCUCGAAAAGGCUGAAGAAACAAGAGUACUACAGCUACAUGAGUUGGAGGAAUUCAGAAGAGAGGCAUAUGAGAAUGCAUCCAUCUAUAAGGAAAUGACAAAGCAGUGGCACGACAAGAACAUUAGGCAACGAAUUUUUCGAGUGGGGGAUCAAGUGCUAUUAUACAAUUCCUGGCUUAAACUUUUUCCAGGAAAAUUGAAGUCUCGAUGGUCCGGCCCUUUUACGGUCUCUCAGGUGUUUCCCUACGGGACAGUUGAAUUACACCAUCCAACUAAAGGAAAUUUCAAAGUAAAUGGUCAACGCAUCAAGCAUUAUGUGGAAGAUUUCCCCACCGCUAAAGAGAGUCUUGAUCUAGCUGUUCCCGAAUAA